ACCAGUGUUCUCAUUGAAGCUGCGGCACGCACUGCGGACUCUGUGCGCACGCUACUCGGAGCGCGUUUCCAUUGCUGAGUACAGAGGACCGCACCUGCUAGAACAUGUCUGCCUCAGGCAGCCCGCGGCCCCACACAACAUGGCUCAAGUCGCUCUCGCCGCGCUGGCCAUCUGCGUCCCCUAACUUGUCCAUGAUAUCCGCUUCGUCGUCCUUCGAGCUCCUCGGGCGUAACGAGCUUCUGCAGGCAUCCGAGUCAUCCGGAAUUGACGCGUCCGUGCCGUACCCCGAGGGCACGACGAUUGACUGGCACCGCGAGGAGGCUGCCGAGCGCGAAUGGAAGCGGACGUUACACUCACAAAGGGGCCUGCGUGGUGCCCUUGCGCCCAUUGCCGACUCAUCCAAGAUGUGGCUCGUCAUUGUGCUGACGGGUGUUGGAAUUGGCGUUGCGGGAGCAUGGCUGGACGUGCUAGUACGAUGGUUAGGCGAUUUGCGCGAAGGCCGCUGCGCGUACGGCUUUUUCUACAAUCAGGUAGCUUGUUGCAGUGGACUAGACCCCGGAGAGGUCUGCACAGAAUGGAAGACGUGGAGUGAAUACCUCCAUGUAUCCUCCAUAUUGGGCCAGUCGCUCUUGCAAGCGUGGGUGUACAUAGCUCUAGCCGUUAUCUUUGCUGGCAGUGCAGCAGUGCUAGUGAUAACAUACGCGCCUUACGCCUUUCACACCGGGAUACCCGAGAUCAAAGCUAUAUUACGUGGCUAUGUCUUCGAUGCAUUCCUUAGCCCUUGGACGCUCUUCAUCAAGGCCCUGGGUCUUGCUCUCGCAGUAGCUUCGGGACUGUCACUUGGCAAAGAAGGCCCGCUGGUCCACGUCUCCUGCUGCAUGGCAUUUCUAUUGUCUCGGAUUUUCAAGGUCAAGCAGAACGAGUCCCAGAAGCGCAAGUUGCUCGCUGCGGCUGCGGCGGCGGGUGUCUCUGUCGCAUUCGGUAGUCCUCUGGGCGGCGUACUGUUUGGCCUGGAGGAGCUGGACACCUUUGCCUUCAGCAACGAGAACGACGUCAUGUGGCGCGGGUUCGUCACCAGUGUCAUAGCCGCUGUGACCUUGCAGUAUAUGGACCCGUUUGGCACGUCCAAGCUCGUUCUUUUCGAGGUGUCUGGCACGGUGAGCGGUACGUGGAGGGCGUUUGAGCUGAUUCCAUGGAUGCUACUGGCUGUUGUCGGUGGCGUAGUCGGCUCGUUUCUGAUCAGGCUGAAUGCCGCUGCAGCUGUGUACAGGAGAAAUAGUUCAAUUUACGACUGGCCAGUGCUCGAGGUGGUUUCGUUUGCCGCACUGACUGGCGCUAUUUGCUACUUGGUCGUCUUUCUACGUGCGCAAACAUCAGAGCUGGUGGCGAACUUAUUUCAAGAAUGUGAUGUGACAAAGGGAGACUACCACGGGCUGUGCAACCCUACCGCCCUCUGGCACAAUGUCUUCUUGUUAAUCCUGACGGCUGUGGUGAAAGUUGGGCUAACGGCUUGGACCUUUGGCAUGAUGAUUCCAGCGGGUAUUUUCCUGCCUACCAUUGCCAUUGGCGCGUGCUUCGGGCGCGCAGUCGGCCUUCUGACGCAAGGGCUGCAGCGCGCAUAUCCGUCUGCAGUAAUAUUUUCCUCGUGUCCUCCAGACGCGACCAUACGCUGCAUCUCCCCAGGUUUCUACGCCGUCGUCGGCGCGGCAGCGAUGCUGGGCGGGGUGACACGCAUGACAGUCUCGCUCGUGGUGAUCAUGUUUGAGCUGACAGGUGCGCUCUCGCACGUGCUACCAAUCAUGAUCUCCGUUGUCGUCAGCAAAUGGGUCGCGGACGCGCUUGGCCGGGACGGGAUCUACACCGUCUGGAUCGCGAUGCGGCGCUAUCCGUGGCUUCCGCCGGACGAGUACCGUGAUCAGGGGCAGACGGCCGCGCAGAUCGUGAAGCCCGCGUCCGACAUCGUCGUCCUCCGUGACGGCUCGCCGCCCACGCUCGGCGAACUCCUCGCGUUCGUGCGCCGGUACCACUUCCAUGGCUUCCCUGUCGUUGCAGGGGACGAGGACGUGCUUGUUGGGUUCGUCGUACGGGAGAAGCUUAGGAUUUAUCUGGAACGCUUAGUCACGGAGGACGUUGACGGUGCGCUUACGGAAGCGCAGAGGUGGACCUUUAUCAAGGCUGCUGCCGCCGCCGACAAUGAGCUUGUGAACCUUGCACCGUUGCUGGACGAAGCUGUGCUCCAGCUGCGAAAAGAUGUCCCUCUGCAGCUGGUCGUGAAUAUGUUCCAGAAGAUGAAUCUCCGCCAUGUGCUGUUCUCCCAGGAAGGGAAGCUUACAGGCUUGGUGACGAAGACAGACAUUGUAUGGCUGCUGACGGCGCAUUCGCCACACACUGGUCAGUUAGCAGGUGACACCAUCGAUCAAUAGGUAUCGAGGACAUACAAGCACAUAUAUAUCUACGUGCUAUCUAGGAUUAUAUGGCAAUAUAAU